AUGUCUUCUCCGCGGCUCACCACCACGUCGUCCGCGCCUCCGCCCGCCCCCUCGGUCGGCGCCACCACGGCGGGCUCACCGGUGGUCGCCACGAUGGCGGGCUCCGCCGCGCCGACGCCCAUCAUCUACAUGCCCGAGCAGAUGAGCGGGGUCAUCAACGACCUCGUCACCGCGGUCCAAGGCAUCCGCCUAUUCUUGAUCGGCUCCCAGGGGCCCCCGACGCCGCCACAGCCGGCCGUCUUCUUCGUGCCGGCGCCUGCGCCAUGGGUUCCGCCCUUCACGGACAUUCCGCUGCAGCCUCCACCGGCUUCGGCCCAGCCCUAG